AUGGCUCUGAGGGUACUGGUGACCUCUCUCCUUCUGAAUCCAAUCAUCGGAGCUACUGCCGAUAUAAACGACUGGGUCAACGUCGACUAUGUGUUAAGUCAAUCCAAUGGAAAGACGAAUGGUGCGACCGCCAAUGCGCAAAACGCCAUCGCAUCGAAAGCCGCAAGCACAGCUAAGAACGGCCCGUGGAUCAUCGCUACCAAAGGCAUCAACCCACCGAGCGGCGACCCUCGUGACUACUUGAGUUGGGCACCGUAUCAUUGGCCAGACUGCAACUGGUGCUCGAAAGGUUCAACCCACUUCGUGUCGCCUAAUUCCACGGACCCGGACUCUGACGACGGGAGUGACACGGAUGACCCUGAACGAUCUGACGACUCGAUUAGCGACACGGCAACAGCUGCGAGCGACAUUGAAGAUCUACGAGCGGAAACAGUCAAUGCCAAUUUCCUCGUUCAUGACGCUGGCUCGCUCCAAUCGAGGACGAACAUCUUUGGUUCACACCAUCGCAUGAAGCGCGUUCGUCGGUCUUCGCCGCACGGCAGCUCCUCAUACGUACCACACUCGAAUCAUGCCCGCAGACAGGCAUCCGUUCCGGAUAGUACUACCACAGCCGUGCCGAUACCCCCCAUUCUGCCCACAACGAUGCCUGAGUCUCCAACUACUGUUCCGCUUCCAGGGAGUACCACGUCUACGUCAAAUCAUGUUGUCGGUACGCAAGCUCCUGCUCAGGCACCGGCAGAAACUCAACAGAAGAAGACGUCGUGCACACCAUCUCCAACUAAGAGCCUCGCUCCUAGUGCAACGUGGACAACGUGUCCAUAUGUUGUACGUGAUGGAAAGGUCAAUCCUGAUACUGACGAGCUUGUCGGUCCUGAUGCUGCACAAGACAUGUCCCAGUCGGCCGUAUUCAAUGCUAUCGCCUAUGCGCUUCAGAAGAACCGAGCUUAUUCGCAGAAUGUCGCCAGCGCUAUCGACACCUUUUUUCUGUCCUCGAGCACGGGCAUGCAUCCCAACGUGAACUUCGGGCAGCUCGUACGCGGACUCGGGAAGACCCAUCAGGUCGGCACGUUCACGGGUAUUCUCGAUCUGCGGGGGAUGGUUAAGGUUGUUAACGCGAUUCAAUUGCUGCGAAGCACGAAGAGCCCGGACUGGACCUCCACCAGAGAACAAUCCAUGAUGACUUGGACGCAGAACUACGUUUCAUGGCUACAGAACAGCGACCUUGGGAAGGAGGUCUCGACCAAAGCCAACAACCAUUUGACGUUCUACGUGAACCAAUUGGCUUCCACGAAGAUGCUCACGGGCGAUACCAAAGGAGCAGCGACCGUCCUGCAGAAUUACUUCAACAACCAGUUCCUGGACCAGAUUUCGCAGUCUGGCGAGCAACCAUUUGAGGCCGUUCGGACCCGUCCUUUCCAUUAUCGGUGCUUCAAUUUGGAGGCGAUGAUCACCAACGCGAAGCUAGGCGACCAGCUGGGCCUAAAUUUUUGGACAGCGAAGUCAAAGUACGGUGCGACAAUCCAGACAGCACUCGAUUACGCGAUGUCGGUCAAUCCUAAAGGCGAAGAUGUCUCUGACAUCUUUCCGCAUGUCGCAACGGUCGCUGCAGCAUAUGGCGAUCCCAAGGGGAAGUACGCGUCCUUUCUGCAGAAGUACAUCAGCAGCUACCAAUCGCAGCCGUUUUGGUUCUACGACCAGAGCGCCGCACUACCUAAUUCGCCCGCUGGUAAGACUAGGAAACGCAGCGAUGCUGCUCCCGUUUCCAAGCUGGAGUCUCCUACCGCGGCCAGCCAAGCUUCCUCUGCCGGACCGACGACUUUCGUGGACCCCGUGGAACCCGUAGCGACCCAGAACUCUACGAUACCAUUUGAAUGCCCCGCAGUAUUUAAGGAUGCGCCCGCUGUGGAGCUUGAAGACGGGCUGUACGUUACUUGCGACCAGCUAAAGCCGUUCUUUGAGGCAGCCUCGAUAGAUACCAAGAACAGUGUAUAG